AUGGAGAUUCCUUGUCUUUCUCGAAACCUCCGUAAUUUCUCCAACCCUUACUUCUACUCUAUUUAUUCAUUUGCUCCUUAUUCUCCAUUUCCUUUGUACCGUUUUUUUUCUCGAUUUUAUACCACACCGGCUUCCGAUUCUGCUGCUGGGUCUUCCUUAAUCUGCAAUUCAACUUCUCAAUCCGUGUCUUCAUUGUGUUUGUUUGAGAGAUGUAAUGGCCGAACAUCGGAUUUGAAUCUUGCAUUGUUUCGACACCACUACAGAAGCUGCCGUUCAUUUUCAUCCUUUUCGUUGAAGAAGCUUCAACGUGGGACUGGUAAUAUAAAUCUGUCUAAACCUAUUGCUACCUCCGAGAAAUUUUGGCAAAUUAUUGAUAUCAUUCAGAUAAAUCAAGAGGAUUUGGAGUCCAAGUUGGAUUCUUUGAAUGUACGUUUAACUAAUGUUCUAGUUGUUGAGAUUUUGGGGAUGCUGAAUAAGCGUAAGAUUUCUGCCUUUCGUUUUUUCAACUGGGUUAGUGUUCAAUGGUGUAGAUUUCCUAGUAACUCUGAUGUUUACAGUCUACUUAUUGAUAAUUUUGGUAGAUUAGAUGAUUAUGAGGGAAUUCUUCCUUUUCUGAUUGAGUUUAGUCGCAAAGGAAUUGAGCUAAACCACAAAGCAUUUGGGUUUUUACUUCCACUAGCAAAUGAAGAUUCAAUGAAAUCUUCUGUUAUAAAACUUGUUAAGAUGUUGAAUAAAGCGGAAGGAACUUGUAGAAUAUCUGGGGUCAAGGCAUUGAUUGAGAUGUUCUGUUCCGUUGGUUCUUCUGAAAUGGCCAAGUUUGUGAUUGAGAUAACCGAGAAAAGAUCAUCUUUUUACUAUAUAAUUGUUCGGGAACAAUGUCAACGAAAAGAUUUCGAAGGAGCUAGAUGUACUCUUGAUGAGAUGAGGCAAGCGGGUUGUCUCCCAGAUUCGGGGAUUUUCAAUUAUCUGCUCAGUAGUUUAUGCAAGAAUGACAAAUUUGGUGAAGCACAUAACCUGUUUGAAGAAAUGCUCGAACAAAAUUGUCCUCCAAACUCUUUGUCAUUUGAAGUCAUUAUCUGCCAUCUCUGCAAAAUUGGUAACAUUGAGUCAGCACUCGGCUUUCUUGACACGAUGGUGGCAAGGGGUCUUCAGCCUCGCCUUUCGACACAUGCUACCUUCGUGAAAAGCUACUUCUAUUCACGAAGAUACGAGGAAGCGUAUCAGUAUGCAGUAGAUUCUAGCUCGAAAUAUGUCAUGACACAAAAUGCAACAUAUAGCUUGCUUGCAACUCUUCAUGAGAAAAGAGGAAACUUAGUUGAUGCUCAAAAAAUUCUUUCUGAGUUGGUAGAUGCAGGUCUUAAACCAAACUUUCAUGUGUGCAAGAGAGUUCUGAAGAAGCUUCAGGUUCAAGGCAGGGAAGAUUUAGCCAAUGAUUUGAAGGGAAAAUUAUCCAAUGUAGGUUUACAAAUUGGCAUUCGAACUGAAUAA